UUCUCCAGCGAUAUUAUUUUGACUUGAGUGUUAUGACAAGUUAAUAUAUAUCACACAAUGAAAUGUGCUUGAUUUGUGAGGAUGAAAAUAUUCAGACGACUUGAUAUUAAAUAGUAUAUUUUAUCUGUGUGUUUUCACGCAGCUCGCGAUUUAUUGUGCAUUGGCAUUUUACCUCCUGAACGGAUUACCGAAAAGGAAUAUGUAUUUUUCAGCAAUAACAAUAUCAUUUCUUUUACUUUUAAAGCAUGUAUUGUGCUCUCAGACGUGUCAAAGCAAGUUUGGUGUUUUCAUUAAGAACGAUUUUAACAUACACGCCUGCGGGUGGUGUUAUUAUUUCCUGUUCCCUGAGCACGCAUACUCACCACACGCGCGCUUCCAUAGUUUAGCACUGAAAACAAAUGUGUCAUAUACCGUCCAGCCUGACAUCAACAAUAAAAGCUCGAUAAAUACAAUUUGUGCAACCCUUUCAAGAGACGAAUGUGAAAGAUGGCUACUGUGUUGCAAAGUGUCACGCGAUUGCUGCACGCGACAACUCCAGCAACGUGAUAACAACGAUACUCUCACGUGCCCAUCGACUUGGGACGGUUACGGCUGUUGGGACGCCGCUGCUCCAGGUGUUAUCAGCCAAAUUUCCUGCCCAACCUUUCUGCAAUAUUCCGUUCCAACAAGAUCAGCACUCAAAACCUGUCAGUCUGACGGAACGUGGCUAAAACGUGGAUCUCACGGAUUGGACUGGACAGACUACACACCUUGUCUCAGUUACCAGGACUUGAAAGUGUCCAUCUACAUCGGUGUAGGGUGCCAGAUUGCCAGUUUAUUAUGUUUGGUGCCUUCAGUGAUUAUAUUUUGUAGCUACAAAUCUCUGAUCCGACAACAUCGUAUUCGUCUCCAUGUGAACUUCUUCAUCAGUUUCAUCAGAAGUGGCAUUCUAACCGUUAUCUGGAACCUUGCCAUAACACACGACAAGAUCACCAGCACCAAUGUUUCCAGUACACACCUCUACAAGAACUCGGUGGAAUGCCGAUUGUUGUCCAUACUAAAGAUUUAUUUCACGAGCACCAAUUACAUUUGGAUGUUUUGUGAAGGACUUUACCUAUAUCGCCUUAUCGUCAAUGCAUUUUCUCCACCGAAGAGACUGGCGUUAUUUUAUAUCCUUGGAUGGGGAACACCCAUGCUGUAUUCCAUAGCAUACGCUAUCGUGCGCAUUGUGGAAGCGGAUGAAAGCUGUUGGUCUAUAAGCCUCGGGGAUAAGGAGUGGAUAAUAUAUGCCCCAAAUCUUUUCUGUCUCCUGGUGAAUGUUUACUUUCUAUGUAGCAUUCUUAGAAUAUUGCUGACACAACUCCAGGUGCACCCAAACGAACCAAGCAAUUUCAGGAAAGCAUUAAAGGCAACCUUUGUUUUGAUACCACUGUUUGGAGUUCAACUUACGUUCACUGUGUACCGAACCCCUCAUCAUAUGCCGGGCGCUGUGUAUUAUGAGAGGUUCUCCGACAUUCUUACAAACUCACAGGGCCUUUUCGUUGCAAUUAUCUUCUGUUUAUGUAACGGAGAGGUUAUAUCCCUGCUAAGGCAUUCAUGGCAGCAACGACAAAACAAUAUAAAGCAUGAUUUUAAGAAGGCGAACUCUGCCAUCAGCCUCCAAGUGUUUAACACAGUUACGUCCCGUGUUCAUUACAACGCCACUGACAAAUCAUCGCCAAGCAGAGGUUUGAUUUCAUGUAUGAAAAUGGAAAAUUCAGAAGAGGCAACUGAUUUGUAAUAAAUAUAUAAGCCUGUGUUGGAUAUUUCCUAAUCAGGUUCAUAGGACGUUUUAAUUAAGGAAUAAGAAGCUAUCAACUAUGGACUUUGGAUGGCAAGUUUAGAUUAGGUAGCUUCAUUACUGCGAUAACUAACAAAGUAGUUAUGGUUUAGCAUACACAGCUGUACUUUCUUAAAAUGCUGCUUUCUAAGUUAAAAAGAAAUCCGCGAAGUUGUUUGUGUUAGUACCAUUUACGGACUAAUUCAUAAGUCAUUUAUUUUAUAUGACCAAUAUAUGACAGUGCUUUGUUUCUGUCUCAAAAAGCCUUCUUUACUCAAAUUGUACUUUCACUAUCAAGCGUUUUCAUAUUCUUAUUGACUCUACUGCUAAUUAAAAGUGUCGAGUAAACUUUGGAUAUCAUUUGAAGAAUAAUAUUUGCCUCCGUAGCCUUGUGGUUAGGGGGUCCGUGUACGGAGUGGGGCAUAGGGCUUGUUCUAAAAAAGCCGUUUGUAACAGCUAGUAAAAUAAAUUAGUGCCAAUUGCCUUGUUGUCAGAAGUCUGGCAUAUAAGAUAGGAAUUUUUAGUACGAGAGUUCGUCAAUGUGUCUCAAAAGGUUCUGAUGGGAUAUUUUUUAUUGCAGUGCAGAUUCAUUUUUUAAUAAAAAUGUGGACGUAAAUUUAAAUCCUAAUAUACAUUCUUUUAAGGUUAAAACUAUCAUUAGUGUAAACUAAUUAAUAUUCUUUUUCUGUACUAGCAAUAUGCUUUCAACUGAUAUAUGAAAGAGAUUGGCAUGCAGCUUAAUGAUGAAUGGGAAAAAUAUGCCAUAUAUGCGACUAACUUGCGAUGCCAAAUGAUUUAUUUUUCAUACAACGUAGCGCUGUAUAGUUAGCUUUUUAAGUGGAAAUGUUUUGAAAUGAGUAAAAUAAGAAUAAUCAUACAAACAAUAUAUUUCAG